GAGAGUUCCAACACCAAGACUAAAUUCCGGGCGCCUGUACCUGCAAAACAACAGAGACUCCGGUUGGGUGGAGUUCCGCCUCCGACGAUCAAGUUAGAACGUGUUCGGAAGACGUAAAAAGUGUGGAAAGAAAGGUGGGAUCCUCUCGGAUUCCGAGAUCAGGUAUAUUCUCGGUGGUGAGAAUUAAUUAUCUGCAAUCAUUAACUGCUCUAGUUUUUUUUUUUUUUUUUUUUUUUUUUUGAAUCCUGAAUCCGUCCCCUAGGUGGAAUACAUCUUCCUUUAAUAGGGUCUUGGGAUUUGUGUCUCCUUCCUAGGUUACGAAAACCUAGGAAUGGUGGGUUGUCUAAGGAAUUGGGCCUUGAAGGCCGUCUUUUUCCCAAUGAUUGGAGAUGCCACGUGUCAGCUGAGGAUUGGUUUAUUUUGAACCUCUGAUAAGGUGACACGUGUCACCAUUUUAUUGGGCCACGUGGCCUUGGGGUAUUUUUACCCAAAAUGAUAGUUACACUAAGGGGAGAGUGGAUAACUAUUACCAUAUUAUGAGGGUAAUAAUUCCUCCAUCUUUGUCUUUUCCUCAUGGAACAAUUAUUUUAUUUCAUUUGUAAACACCAUGCCUCCUACAACAACACCUCUAAUUACUUAUUUUUUCACGUUUGAUUUUUAUUAUUACCUUAAUAUAUUACCCCCAAUCCAAGCAAGGCCUAUGUAAAACUGAUCCCCAAAAAAAAAAAAUCAAAUUCAGAUUUUGACUUAAAUAGAGAUAAUAAUAUAGCCUUGGCUCAAUUUUAAAUAGAUCCAACCCAACCUAAUCUUACAAAAUUGGCAAAUUCAACCCAAGCACCCGAAUUGACACCCACGUUUAACUUAAACGAACUAACGAUGUCAAUAUAAGCAACUCUUUCCCGCCUUAAACAAUAGAAGGUGUCACAUUCCCCUCUAUUUCUCUCUCUGAGCUUAGAGCAACUCAACAAUGGCGGUCAUCAACACUGCAAUUUUCUCUCUCCUAACUCUUCUCCUCUCCACCAACCUCCUUCCUUCCUCCUCAACCUCAACCUCAACAAUGGCGUCGGAACACUGCAGCAAAGAACUAGUCUCCUUCUCACCAUGUCUUCCAUACACUGCAUCUCCACCAAGCAACUUCUCCUCCUCUGUUUCCGACGAUUGUUGUCACAACUACAACGACAUUCUCAUUUCUGGGCGUGGAUUUUGCUUGUGCUAUCUUCUUCUUCAACCUCCCAUUUUCGGCGCUCCGCUCGAUUCCGAUAAGAUUCAUUCUCUCUCCUCCAUUUGUCCUCCUUCUCACCGGAGUAGAUUCGGUUCCUUAAUUGAUUUCUCUCUCAAAUCUUUAUGCUCAGAUUCUGAGGCAUCACCCCCUCUCCAAAGCACAGGUCCAGAGUCUGGAAUAAAUACUACUACUGAGCAAUUCUCAGGUUCUGCAACUCUUCUUUCUCCAACUCCAGAUAUGGACUUGACACCGACAUCAGCUGAUAGUCUAUCACCACCACCACCAGGAUUGCAUACUAUCUCCUCUAAAGCUUCACCAGCAACAAGGGUCAGCUUGAGUACUCCUUUAACUGUAAUUCUCUCCAGUUUACAUAUAAUGCUCAACACGGCCAGAUGGGGCUAGUGUGAUUCUGUGAAAGCUACAGAUUCGGAGCUGCUGAAGUUUGUUAACCCUGUUUUUAACUCAUUUGUACGUACAUACAUAUGAGUUAGCUGUACGUACAGAAUUCAGUGUAUUAGCUGUUAUAGUACAUAUCUUCACCUCAGCUGUACGUACAGAAUUCAGUGUAUUAGCUGUGUAUAGUACUGUUUCUAACAAAAAACAGCAGAGGAACUAUUUGUAAAGAUGUUUAGCAUGUCAAGUCAUAUUCUUGUGAGAU